AUGGAUUUGGGUGAUAGCUGGAGGUCAGUGGGCCCCAGUGGUAGUGAUGGAGGAGAUCAGAUGGAGGAUGAAAGUCAGCCACCUGAUGACAUGGAGAUGGAAGAAUCAGGUUGUAUUGCUGCUACUGUGAGCAAUCUAUCAUGUGUUGAUGUCCUGCAUUGUGUAUAUUGCACAGAUGUGGGCUCACACAUCUGGGCAUGCAUAGGACUCGAAAUGCCCUGUGACAUCAUGAUUUGUGUUGCAACCACUGAAUUCAAACAUGGAUGCGUGGAUGCGACUCACAACCCAUUGACUAGAAGUCCCCUCAUGACGAAGGACACAUUCAUGUGUCCACAAUGCUAUCGAUCAAAGGACAUGGCAAUUCCAUACAUGGUUCAUUGCUACACAAUCCAAUCAAGGUUCCUGAUGCACAAUCCUGCCCUGUUUCUGGAUGAUUUCAGAUGGGUGACAGACCAGAAUAAUCACUGUAAUAUUUUGGUGUUUAUCAACACAUACACAGACAUGAGCAUGGGGAACUUAGUUGCAUUGGGAGGGACAAACAACUCUGUGUCCAUUACACCAUGGGAGAUGCUUGAGAACUACAUUGGGGAUCACUUUCAGAGAGCAUCACAGGUCAUUCGAACUAUUAAUACCUCUCAUGGUGACAAGCCAUUCAUGCAUGGACUGGUGCUUUGCAGCUGUGGUCCCACAGGUCAGAUUAGCAACAGUGUUACUCUGCUGAAGAAGAUGGUGGAGUAG